CGUACCGGGAGAUGACUGCGGAUUGGCCUGAAACGGUCGGUGAGAGUGGACUGCACGUCACCAAUCGCAUUGCAAAACAGAUGGCAAAUAUUGUACUCAACUACCGGUGCAACGCGAAGAGCGCGCAAAAGCAUGGCUAUCCAUUUAGCCGUACCUGCUGCAGUGCCUACAGACCCGUCAACUGGGUUCAGAUUAUCGCCACGAUUCUUUCCGCCCCACUUGCUGCGCUGACAGUCACCAGCCUUCUGCGCAGCCCAGAUCAAAGGUCACGCAUCGCUCACCUUGCUGAUGCGCUCGCCGUGUUCAUGCUUGCUGCGGUGUAUUGCUUCAUCGCCGACAGAACACACGUCUUUGAUAAGAUCCCGAAGGAGUUCGCUAAUAUCGACUUCCGGGUAAUGCUGGGCGUUACAGUUCUGACAUGUUUGUUCAAUGUCCAAAGCGUUCCUUCUCCAGCUACCGCCAAAAGCCGAAAACGAUCAUCAGAGAACGCUGUACGAUCGGUUUCUUUCCUGCCUCGAGAGAUCUCCGAGGAGUUCAAGGGUUGGAUGCAGAUAUACGUCCUGGUGUAUGCAUACACGGGCGCGUCUGACGUUAUGGACUUCUUCAAGGUAUUCCGGAUCUUCAUCGCGCUGUACCUCCUCCUCUCCGGCUAUGGCCACGCUACCUACUUCCUACGGACGAAUGACUUCUCUGUACAACGUGUCUUGGGCGUGGUAUUGCGGCUCAACACGCUGCCUGUUCUACUCGCACUGGCGAUGGAUAGGCCGUACACCUCGUACUACUUCGCUCCUUUAACGACCUUCUGGUUCCUCGUGGUAUUUCUUACGCUCAGAAUCGGUCGACAGUGGAACAACACCUUCGGACUGCUGCUGGUCAAGGUCGUGCUCGCGGGGUUGGUAACUACGAUGUUUGUUCAUGCCCAGGGGAUCCUGGAGCUGUGGGCUUCCUUCUUCGGCAUUGUCUUUCGAGCGAAUAUUGACGUCGGCAAUGUGCGCUCCCAUCUCGGUAUGGAUCAGUACGUCGUCUUCGUCGGGAUCUUGGUCGCAUUAGUCAACGUCAGGGUCCGUUCGAUACUUCGGACGCCGCACAAGCACCUCGACGACUUUGGCUCUUUGAUCAAACAGUACUUCGUCGUUUACCAAGUUCUUCUACUUGCGUUCGCGAUCAUCACCAUACCGACUUUCCUGGUCCUGAUGCAGCUCGCCAAAGUCAAGGGUGUUUACGAGUGGUGGGUGCCAUAUACCGCCUGGCUUCCCGCGCUAUCCUUUGUGGUCCUUCGCAAUGCCACAGCCUAUCUUCGUGCACGGUACUGCACAUCGUUCGCCUGGCUCGGCCGCGUAUCCCUGGAAGUGUACAUCCUCUCGCAGCACAUCUGGCUGGCCGGUGACGGCAAGGGCGUCCUUCGUAUCGGGUUCCGCUACAGCAGCGGUAUGUUCCUGAACGACAAAUGGCGCGAUGUUGUCUUUCUGACCCCAAUUCUCGUGUGGAUGGCGUGGAAGGUGCACGGAGCUACGAAUAUGACUACGGCGUGGUUGAUCCACGGUCAGGAAACUGCUGCGAAUCGACAGCAGCAAGAGAGAGCCGCGAAUGGGGAUGUCAUGGAGCUGCCAGGAUGGCACCGUUCGGAUAGCGAGAGUAUUGAUGACGUAGAGGGCCGUCGCAAGGCGCAGAAAGGAGAGCGCAAGAAGAUGUUCUACAGAGUUGGCGGUGUUUUCAUGGCCCUUUGGCUUGUGAAUCUUCUGUACCCCUAGAGCAAGAUACUAGAUACAUAUGCUUGUAUCUGUUCGAGCAGCUCCACGAUCCAAGUCGAUCUACAGCGCUGCAAUCCAGCAUCUUGGACAUGCCAAUAUAAUGCAAAGACCUAUUCGUCGACACCAGAAUGAUCAACGGCUUCUUAUUCCGGCAAUACUUCUGCCACACUGUCAUACAUCUUGUCCCAAGCUUGCCGAUCCUUACGAGUGAUGUAUGGGGAAAUUCAUGGAGAGACACCCAGGUUUAGGCCGUUACAGAUGGCCAGAACAUGAGUAACGCUCGAAGGGCCUAGUGGCUGAUCCCAAUUCGGUUCGGCGAGGCAGACAGCACACGCGGAGUUUGUCGAUGCUGACGAGCGCAUGGACGCGUCAGCAUCGACGACUUGCUCGCUUCAACGAUCUCCAUCACUAGAUUCAACAUUCACAAUCUAGAGGUAAC